UCUUAAACCUAAAAAACACUGUACCAAAUAAGCUCUAAGUUUACUGAUCAAAGAGAAAAGAAAAACAAAAAAACAAAGAUGGUUUCUGUUUCUGUUUCUCCAAAACCAGCAAUAACCAUUGUGAUGGCAUUAGUCCUUUUUUUCAUCUUCAUCUAUGAAUCAAAGAGUAGUGAUGAGAUUAGUCCACUUUUUGUUGCUGAUAAGAAUAAUAAUAAAGUUAAUCUCUCAGUGUACUAUGAAAGUUUGUGCCAACCUUGUGCUACUUUCAUAAUCAAGAAUCUUUACGAGAUAUUCAACACUAAUCUCAUCAGCAUUGUGAAUCUCCAAUUAGUCCCUUAUGCCAAUUCUCAUGUCAAUCUCACCAACAAUUCCAUAUCAUGCCAGAAUGGACAAGAUGAAUGCAUUCUAAAUUCUUUGGAAUCAUGUGCUAUGAAUCUAUGGUCUGAUGUGGGCAAGUAUUAUGGAUUGAUUUAUUGCUUUGAGUUUCUAGCAAUUGAGGGAAGAAGCAAUAAGUGGCAGGAUUGCUUUGAUCAAUUGGGUUUGCCUCUUUCAUCUAUUCUCAAUUGCAGCAGAGGAAAUGGAACAGAGCUUGCAAAGAAGUACAUUAAAGAAACCACAAAGCUUAAUCCACCCCAUUCAUUUCUGCCAUGGGUGGUGAUUAACAACCAGCCAAUUGCCCAAGACUAUGCAAAUUUCACGUACUUUGUUUGCAAGGCUUAUAAAGGCAUUGCUGUUCCAGAUGCUUGCAACCCAAUUCGUUAGAAAUGAAAAAUGAAGGAUUCAACUUUGUGUAGUAUAGGCAACCAUAUAUUUUGCUGCAGUGUA